AUGGAAAUUAAUGAUAACGAGGUUGAGGGUGCUAUGCAAACUCUUCCAACUAUGGGAAGUCAAGUUCUUGCAUCGACAGCAUCGCAUUCACAAAAUGAGAGUGUUCCAAUUGAGGCAAACGAAGCAACUCUAAAUAACACUUUAGAUGCUGAAAUUUCGGGUACAGAUGUUGGAACAAAAAGAAAAUGUAGAUCUAUUGCAUGGGAUCAUUUCGAGAAAAAACUAAUUGGAGGAAAAUGGAAAGCGAUUUGCAAUGAUUGUAAGAAAGCCUUAGGUGGUGAUACUAAGAAUGGUACCAAGCAUUUACUUGACCACAUGAAAAUAUGCUUGCACAAGAAACAGAAGACCAUACAACAAUCUCUAUUGCAGCCAGCAAAAUCCAAUGAUGGGAUAAUGCAACUUGGGACAUACCAUUUCAACCAAGAUCAAGCGAGGACAGAGCUUGCAAAUAUGAUUAUAUUGCAUGAGUACCCGUUAUCUAUGGUUGAUCAUGUUGGCUUUAGAAGGUACUCUCAUGCAUUGCAACCAAUAUUUAAAGUUGUUUCCCGAAACACAAUCAAGACUGACAUCAUGAAGAUAUUCGAGUAUGAAAGAAAUAAAACAAUGAAAUUAUUAGACUCAAAUGCUAGUCGAAUUGCGUUGACAACUGAUAUGUGGACGGCAAGUAAUCAGCAAAGAGGAUUCAUGGCCAUCACUUCACACUUCAUUGAUGUUUCAUGGAAAUUACAAAGUCGGCUUGUCAGGUUUAUAUAUGUGCCGUGUCCACAUACUGCUGAGGUUCUCGCAAAUGCACUUGUUGAUUGCCUCUUGGAUUGGAACUUGGAUCGUAAGUUAUCUACUUUAACCGUUGAUAAUUGUACAACUAAUGAUGCUAUGAUUGAGCUUAUUCUGGACAAGCUUCCUCCGAGUUCACUUAUCUUAGAAGGAAAAUUAUUUCACAUGCGGUGUUGUGCCCAUUUUUUGAAUUUGGUUGUGAGGGAUGGACUAGAAUUAAUUAGUGAUAGCAUUGAAACAAUUCGUUAUAGUGUCGCAUUUUGGACAGCAACACCAAAAAGAGAUGAAAAAUUUAUUGAAACAGCUCGACAAUUGAAGGUUCCAAGCACAAAGAAGCUAGAACUUGAUUGCAAAACACGAUGGAACUCUACAUAUUUAAUGCUUAACACUGCAUUGGAAUAUGAAGCUGUGUUUGCUCGUUUGAAACAACGUGAAACUUUAUAUAAAAGAGUUCCCACACAAGAAGAUUGGUCAAAAGUGAGAGAGAUUUCUUCUAAAUUGGAGAUGUUUUUUGAUGCCACAGAGUUAUUUUCGGGGACCAAGUAUCCCACUAUAAAUCUUUUCUUCUCUACUAUUUGUGAUAUUAAGUUGGCAAUUGGUGAUUGGCUUCUCUCGGAUGAUAAUGUGGUGAAAACAAUGGCAACAAAUAUGAAAGUAAAGUUUGAAAAAUAUUGGGAUGUAAUGAAUUGUUUAUUGGCAAUUGGGAGUAUUUUAGAUCCAAGGUACAAGAUGAAGACAGUUCAAUUCUAUUAUCCUCUUGUUUAUGGUGAUAUGUCUUCUUAUGAGAUUGAAAAACUAAAGAAAAAGUUGUGUGACAUGGUUGAAGAGUAUGAGAAAAAAUCCAAACAAUCACAGAAAGUGAAAAAUUCACAAUCUUCUUCUUCUUUAAGGCCUCCACUUCCUAAGCGUGGUACUUAUGCUGAUAAAUUUGAGAUGUUCAUGGAUUCUAAUAAUAGUAUUGAACAUGAGAAGUCGGACUUGGAUUAUUAUUUAGAAGAGUCUCUUUUGCCAAGAACAAGUGAGUUUGAUAUCUUAUGUUGGUGGAAGACAAAUGGGAUCAAAUAUCCCAUUUUGCAUGAUAUUGCUAAGGAUGUGUUGGCCAUUCCCGUGACGACCGUUGCUUCCGAAUCAACAUUCAGUACUAGUGGGAGAAUUUUAAAUGCUCAUCGUAGUAGACUUCAUUCUAAAACUGUUGAAGCUUUGAUGUGUGCUCGAGAUUGGUUAUGGAGUGAAAUUCAAGAUUCUACAAUUUCAAGUGAUCAAAAAUUUGAUAAUGAUGCUGAUAUAGAGAAAUUAACCUAUUGCUGUGAGACGGAGCAGGCGGAAGACAGCAGGGAGGUUCGACGGCGGACAGCAGCAGCGAGGCUACAACGGAUAGCAGCAGCGAGGUGCGACGGUGGACAACAGCAGCGAGGCUCUGGCGGACAUCAGCAACGAGUCCGCAAGCAUGUGACUGGCGGCUCCAUGGUUCCUUGUAAGUUCCCAUACGCUUGCCAGCGAGCAGAAGGGGUUAUACGUGUGGUAGCCCGCUUCCACCAGCUGAAGCUCCACGUAUACGUUGUCGAGGUGAAAGCCGGAGCAGGGCGCGGCGUCGUUGCACGCGAAGUACCCCGGCGCUGCACCGUGCAGGUGCCCUUGAUGCGCACUGGUACGCGCGUGAUGUCCGGCUGGGCCACCGGCCGCCGCCUACGUCUGGUUCUUGCACUUGCUCCCGUCGCAAUAGAAUUGGUCGAUCGCGAUGGGCGAUUGCGCCUGCGACAACACCUGCACAUUCCCGAAGCUCACGCUCUUGACCCAUCCCGACCCGCCGUGCCACGUCUUAUAUCCUCACGGUUGGUCUGCCUGACAUGCGAUAACUUUCCACGGCUGACGUCAUGGUUAACUGCCACGAUGGGAGAUUUGAUGAUGUAUUAA